AUGACGAUCCUGAUGUCAGGAUUGUGGCUUCGAUGUUUGAUCCUUGCUGCCACCGCAACGCGAACUCUUUCUGUGCCGAUUUCAGCAACAGAGCAGAGCAUUGCUCACAGGAAGCAAGAAGCCAUCUCGGUGAAUGCAGAUGGCAGCCUAACAGAUUUUAGCGGCAGCGAGUCCCUACGCGCAGAGCGAGAGGCACUUGCACAGGCCGCAGCAGGCUGGGAUUGA